AUGUCGUUCGUCGCUCCUCGUGAGUACGAGUUUAGCUGCAGCAACAGACCAGCCUACCCCUCUUACUUCCGGUUUCACGUCAACAAGCGCAAGAACCAUCAUUCCUACACCUCCCAUUCUCACCAGCAUCAUCAAGACGACGCAGCAACCAUUAAAGCGGUGCAGAAGAUGUUAGAGAUGUUGAGCAAUGACGUUAUUUUGGAGCCGUCUCCGUUGGUAAAUCUGCCGGGGUUCGGGAAGAGCCCCAUGGUACGGCAGUUGCGGAUAACGGACUCGCCAUUCCCGUUAAGAUCCACUGACGAGGACAGCCAUGUUGAGAAGGCAGCUGAGGAGUUUAUCGAAAAGUUUUACAAGGAUUUAAAGCUGUAG